GAAAAUGUCUCUUUAAAACAAUGUUUAUUUUCGAGCUAUUAUUAAAUUGUAAACUCGGGGAAUGUUUUAGUUGGACAACGAUUUACCGUUAGCUAGCAUGUAGCUUUUUGUCAUGUCUGUGGAUCUGCCUGAGACUUGUUGCAAUCCUUAACGUUUAUUAUCUCACAAAUAUUAUCACCGCUUUGGAACAUUUUGUUGAAAUGGAUAUUUUAGGAGAAGAUGAAUUGGACGAGCUGAAAUACAAACGGUCUGGGCGCUUGGAUAUGAGCCACGGCUUCCUGCACCAUAUCCGGAGGAACCAGAUUGCUAGAGAUGACUAUGAUAAAUCGGUGAAGCAAGCCAAAGAGGUGCAGGAGGCAAAAGAGCUCCAGCGGCGGAGGAAUACCACGACCCCUAGACGACCCCGUCGACCUGAUAUCCAGGUGUACGAUCCUCGACGCAGACAUGAUUCAGAUCCAGGGGCCGGUGCUGAGGCAGAGGAGUCCAAUGAGAGCGGGUCCAGCACAGAAACAGAGACCCAUGGCACUGAACUCUUUUGGCUCGACUACCAGGCGGACUCUGGUACCCUUACCUCAUUCCUUGUGCACAAGGAGGACAAGCCUGAGAGGUUAGUGCAGCGUGUAGCAGAGAAAAACAUAUUGGAUUCAGCCAUGAGGGCAGCUCUGGAGACUCGACUUCGAAAGGAAAUUGAAAAAAGACGAGGAAAACGCUGACUGAACAGAAAAUUGUGAUGACAUAGCGGGUCUUCAGGCAAAGACGAGCAAUACUUAAUUUGCAGUUCUGCACUCCUACAAAGCAUGAACGCUGUUGACAGUGCAUAAUGAGAGCUCUGGGAUGACGUACUGUCCACAGAGAUCCAGCUAGAUGAGCAUCCAGAUGUCAAUCCAGCUUCUGUUUUCGAGAAGGAACCGCACAGAUUCAGUCCGCAACAAUAGGCAGGUUGGUGCAGUCGACUGUCAGGUUCGGGUUUACUACAUUUCACUCACUUUGGAUUGUUACCUCAUGCCCUCAUUCAUAACGUUAAGGAUGGUUCAUACACCUUCAAGUUCACUUAAAAACAACGUUGAUGAUUUCAGAAAGUUAAAGGUAGGGUAUGUAAGUUUGAGAAACCGGCUCGAGAUACACUUUUUGUUAUAUUCCAUGGAAUGCUCUUAACAUCCAGAUAGCAAUGAAUAUCUUAAUGGUUUCUCAAACUUACAUACCUUACAUUUAAAGUCAGAGAGGAGUGAGUAUUAUUUGACAGAGAGCAUCGCCACCUUCCUCCGCAGUUACACAUGUCCUGAAUUUCUUGUGUUUACAAAUGUCUAGUUUUUAUAAACAAAAUGUUUACUUUUUGGUAAAAUGCUGUGAAUGGAAAGUCAGUGAAAUCAGCGAUUUUGUGUUUAAAACAUUUGAGAAUAUCUUCUUUUGGAGAGAAUAGUGGAGGUGGCCAUGACAAUGUGUUUGUGUGUCUUCUGUCUUUUGUUGUGUUUUCAGUAUUCUUAUUUAUUUUGGAUUGUUGAAAUACUUUUAUUUUUGAUACUGUAAUAUUUUUGAGGACAUACCUCUUUACGUAUAAAAUGACGUACUGUAUAUAAAAGCCAUUUAUACUGUCCAAAUGUGUCUGGAUUUAGACGUGUGGAAUUAAACGGCCAUAACGUGUGAACACAU